AUGGCACAGAGAUCUGGACAGGAAGAUCCGGAGAGAUACCUCUUUGUGGAUAGGGCUGUAAUAUACAACCCUGCCACCCAGGCUGAUUGGACUGCUAAAAAGUUGGUGUGGAUUCCUUCAGAGCGCCAUGGUUUUGAGGCAGCCAGCAUCAAGGAGGAAAAAGGGGAUGAAGUGUUGGUCGAACUGGCAGAAAAUGGAAAGAAAGCACUAGUCAAUAAAGAUGAUAUUCAGAAGAUGAAUCCUCCCAAGUUCUCUAAAGUGGAAGACAUGGCAGAAUUAACCUGUUUAAAUGAAGCCUCUGUAUUGCAUAAUUUAAAGGAUCGGUAUUACUCUGGGCUCAUCUAUACCUAUUCAGGGCUGUUCUGCGUAGUUAUAAAUCCUUACAAGAACCUCCCGAUUUAUUCAGAAAACAUUAUCGAGAUGUACAGAGGGAAGAAGCGCCAUGAAAUGCCACCGCACAUUUAUGCAAUAUCCGAAUCUGCCUAUAGAUGCAUGCUACAAGACCGCGAGGACCAAUCAAUUCUCUGCACAGGUGAAUCUGGUGCCGGGAAGACUGAAAACACUAAGAAGGUUAUUCAAUACCUUGCUCAUGUUGCUUCCUCCCAUAAAGGAAGAAAGGACCAUAAUAUUCCUGGGGAGCUGGAGCGUCAGCUUCUUCAGGCGAAUCCCAUUCUGGAAUCCUUCGGGAAUGCAAAGACAGUGAAAAAUGACAACUCCUCCCGUUUUGGCAAGUUCAUUAGGAUUAACUUUGAUGUUACUGGUUAUAUUGUUGGGGCCAACAUUGAGACAUACUUGUUGGAAAAGUCUCGCGCUGUUCGUCAGGCUAAAGAUGAGCGGACAUUUCAUAUCUUCUAUCAACUACUAGCUGGAGCAGGAGAACACCUGAAGUCUGACUUGCUGCUUGAAGGAUUUAACAAUUACAGAUUUUUAUCUAAUGGCUACAUCCCCAUUCCUGGGCAACAAGACAAGGAUAACUUUCAGGAGACUAUGGAAGCCAUGCAUAUCAUGGGAUUUUCGCAUGAUGAGAUUUUGUCAAUGCUGAAAGUGGUGUCUUCAGUGCUACAAUUUGGAAAUAUUUCCUUUAAGAAGGAGAGAAAUACUGAUCAAGCUUCUAUGCCAGAGAAUACUGUCGCACAGAAACUCUGCCAUCUACUGGGAAUGAACGUAAUGGAGUUCACCCGGGCCAUACUGACACCGCGCAUCAAAGUUGGCAGAGACUAUGUUCAGAAAGCCCAGACCAAAGAACAAGCAGACUUUGCAGUGGAAGCUUUGGCAAAGGCCACCUAUGAACGCCUCUUCCGCUGGCUUGUUCACCGCAUUAAUAAAGCUUUGGACAGGACCAAACGACAGGGAGCGUCUUUCAUUGGAAUUCUGGAUAUUGCUGGAUUUGAAAUCUUUGAGUUGAACUCCUUUGAGCAACUCUGCAUUAACUACACCAAUGAGAAGCUUCAACAGUUAUUUAACCACACAAUGUUUAUCCUGGAGCAAGAGGAGUACCAACGAGAGGGUAUAGAGUGGAAUUUCAUUGACUUUGGACUGGAUCUGCAGCCUUGCAUUGACUUAAUUGAAAGACCUGCAAAUCCUCCUGGUGUGUUAGCAUUACUGGAUGAAGAAUGCUGGUUCCCUAAAGCUACCGACAAGACGUUUGUGGAAAAAUUGGUCCAAGAGCAAGGAACCCACUCCAAGUUCCAAAAGCCAAGACAGCUAAAGGACAAAGCAGAUUUCUGCAUUAUUCACUAUGCAGGGAAGGUAGACUACAAGGCAGAUGAGUGGUUGAUGAAGAAUAUGGACCCCCUGAAUGACAAUGUGGCUACACUCUUGCACCAGUCUUCUGACAAAUUUGUUGCAGAGCUUUGGAAGGAUGUGGAUCGUAUUGUGGGUCUGGAUCAGGUCACUGGAAUAACAGAGACAGCUUUUGGCUCUGCGUACAAGACCAAGAAAGGCAUGUUUCGUACUGUUGGCCAACUGUACAAAGAAUCUCUCACCAAGCUGAUGGCAACGCUCCGAAACACUAAUCCCAAUUUUGUUCGCUGCAUCAUUCCAAAUCAUGAAAAGAGGGCUGGAAAAUUGGAUCCACAUCUGGUUUUAGACCAGCUUCGUUGCAACGGUGUUUUGGAAGGAAUAAGGAUUUGUCGACAAGGAUUUCCAAACAGGAUAGUGUUCCAGGAAUUUAGACAGAGGUAUGAGAUCCUUACUCCCAAUGCAAUUCCAAAAGGUUUUAUGGAUGGUAAGCAAGCCUGUGAACGUAUGAUCAGAGCGUUAGAGCUGGACCCCAACUUAUACAGAAUUGGACAGAGCAAGAUCUUUUUCCGAGCUGGUGUCUUGGCACACCUAGAAGAAGAACGAGAUCUGAAGAUCACAGACAUUAUCAUCUUCUUCCAGGCAGUCUGUAGAGGAUACCUGGCUAGGAAGGCCUUUGCAAAGAAACAACAGCAAUUGAGUGCACUGAAAAUCCUGCAGAGGAAUUGUGCUGCAUAUUUAAAGCUUAGGCACUGGCAGUGGUGGAGAGUCUUCACGAAGGUGAAGCCUCUUCUUCAGGUCACUCGUCAAGAAGAAGAACUUCAAGCCAAGGACGAGGAGCUAAUGAAGGUGAAAGAAAAACAGACAAAAGUGGAGGCAGAACUUGAGGAAAUGGAAAGGAAACAUCAACAGCUUCUAGAAGAGAAGAACAUUCUUGCAGAGCAGCUACAGGCUGAGACGGAGCUCUUUGCAGAAGCUGAGGAGAUGAGGGCUCGCUUGGCUGCCAAAAAACAAGAGUUGGAAGAAAUUCUCCAUGAUUUGGAGUCCAGGGUUGAGGAGGAAGAGGAAAGAAACCAAAUAUUGCAGAAUGAGAAAAAGAAAAUGCAGGCCCAUAUUCAGGACCUGGAGGAACAGCUUGAUGAGGAGGAGGGAGCCCGACAGAAGUUGCAGCUUGAAAAAGUGACAGCUGAAGCUAAGAUCAAGAAGAUGGAGGAAGAGAUCCUACUGUUGGAGGACCAAAAUUCCAAAUUUUUGAAGGAAAAGAAGCUGAUGGAGGAUCGAAUUGCUGAAUGUACUUCUCAGCUGGCUGAAGAAGAAGAAAAGGCCAAAAACUUGGCCAAGCUCAAGAACAAGCAGGAAAUGAUGAUCACCGAUUUGGAAGAGCGCUUAAAAAAGGAGGAGAAGACCCGUCAAGAAUUAGAAAAAGCUAAAAGAAAACUUGAUGGUGAAACAACAGAUCUACAGGACCAAAUAGCUGAGCUGCAAGCCCAGAUUGAAGAACUGAAGAUCCAGCUGGCCAAGAAAGAGGAAGAACUGCAGGCUGCUCUUGCUAGAGGUGAUGAAGAAGCAGUUCAGAAAAACAAUGCACUGAAAGUGAUAAGAGAGUUGCAGGCUCAAAUUGCAGAACUCCAGGAGGAUCUUGAAUCUGAGAAGGCAUCACGCAACAAGGCGGAAAAGCAGAAAAGAGAUUUAAGUGAAGAGUUGGAGGCUUUAAAAACUGAACUGGAAGAUACCUUGGAUACCACUGCAGCACAGCAAGAGCUGAGGACAAAGCGAGAGCAGGAGGUGGCUGAACUGAAGAAAGCAAUUGAAGAGGAAACCAAAAACCAUGAAGCACAGAUCCAGGAAAUCAGGCAGAGGCAUGCUACUGCCCUGGAAGAGCUCUCUGAACAACUUGAACAGGCCAAAAGGUUCAAAGCAAAUCUUGAAAAAAACAAGCAAGGCCUAGAGUCUGACAACAAGGAGUUAGCCUGUGAAGUGAAGGUACUGCAGCAGGUCAAGGCAGAGUCUGAACAUAAAAGGAAGAAGCUCGAUGCUCAGGUACAAGAGCUAACCGCUAAGGUCACAGAAGGAGAAAGACUGAGGGUGGAACUGGCGGAGAAAGCUAACAAGCUGCAGAACGAGUUGGAUAAUGUCUCAAGUCUCCUGGAGGAAGCAGAGAAGAAAGGCAUUAAGUUUGCCAAGGAUGCGGCUAGUUUGGAAUCUCAGCUUCAGGAUACACAGGAGCUGCUUCAGGAAGAAACCCGUCAGAAACUCAACCUGAGCAGCAGGAUUAGGCAGCUUGAAGAGGAGAAGAACAACCUGCAAGAGCAGCAGGAAGAGGAAGAGGAGGCCAGAAAGAACUUGGAGAAACAGAUGCUCGCUUUGCAGUCACAGUUGGCUGAUGCUAAGAAAAAGGUAGAUGAUGACUUGGGAACCAUUGAAGGCUUGGAGGAAAAUAAGAAGAAAUUAUUGAAGGACAUGGAGUCCUUAAGCCAACGCCUAGAGGAGAAGGCAAUGGCUUAUGACAAACUGGAAAAGACAAAGAAUCGCCUGCAGCAAGAGCUGGAUGACUUGAUGGUAGAUCUAGAUCAUCAGCGCCAGAUUGUUUCUAACUUGGAGAAAAAGCAGAAGAAGUUUGAUCAGAUGCUGGCAGAAGAAAAGAACAUUUCUGCCAGAUAUGCAGAGGAAAGAGAUCGUGCUGAAGCAGAAGCAAGGGAGAAGGAAACCAAAGCACUGUCUCUGGCUCGGGCUUUGGAAGAAGCCUUGGAAGCUAAGGAAGAAUUUGAAAGACAGAACAAACAGUUGCGUACAGAUAUGGAAGAUUUAAUGAGCUCUAAAGAUGAUGUGGGCAAAAAUGUCCAUGAACUGGAGAAGUCAAAGAGAACUUUAGAGCAACAGGUUGAAGAGAUGAGGACUCAGCUUGAGGAACUGGAAGAUGAACUGCAGGCCACAGAAGAUGCUAAGCUUCGUUUGGAGGUGAACAUGCAAGCUAUGAAAGCCCAGUUUGAGAGAGAUCUGCAAGCCAGAGAUGAACAGAAUGAAGAGAAAAAGAGGAUGCUGGUUAAACAAGUGCGAGAGCUGGAGGCAGAACUGGAAGAUGAGCGCAAACAGAGGGCUCUUGCUGUGGCAUCCAAGAAGAAAAUGGAGAUGGAUCUGAAAGACCUGGAAGGUCAGAUAGAAGCUGCAAACAAGGCUCGAGAUGAAGCAAUCAAACAGCUACGUAAGCUCCAGGCUCAAAUGAAAGACUACCAGCGGGAGCUGGAAGAAGCCCGUGCAUCCAGAGAUGAGAUCUUCGCACAGUCCAAAGAGAGUGAAAAGAAGCUCAAAGGUCUUGAAGCAGAAAUACUCCAGCUCCAGGAGGAGUUUGCUGCAUCUGAAAGAGCCCGUCGUCAUGCUGAGCAAGAAAGGGAUGAGCUGGCUGAUGAGAUUGCAAACAGUGCUUCGGGAAAGUCAGCGCUGCUGGAUGAGAAGCGCCGGCUGGAAGCUCGUAUCGCACAGUUGGAGGAAGAACUCGAGGAAGAGCAGAGCAACAUGGAGCUUCUCAAUGAGCGGUUCCGAAAGACCACGCUGCAGGUUGACACACUUAAUUCUGAGCUAGCUGGGGAGCGGAGUGCUGCCCAGAAGAGUGAAAAUGCACGGCAGCAGCUGGAAAGGCAGAACAAAGAGCUGAAAGCCAAGCUGCAGGAACUGGAGGGAUCUGUGAAGUCUAAGUUCAAGGCAACAAUUUCUACUCUAGAAGCCAAGAUUGUGCAGCUAGAAGAACAGCUUGAGCAGGAAGCCAAGGAAAGAGCAGCUGCUAACAAAUUGGUCCGUCGUACAGAGAAGAAAUUGAAAGAAGUCUUCAUGCAGGUGGAGGAUGAGCGUCGACACGCAGACCAGUACAAGGAGCAGAUGGAAAAGGCAAAUGCCAGAAUGAAGCAGCUCAAACGCCAGCUGGAGGAGGCUGAAGAGGAAGCCACACGUGCAAAUGCUUCCCGACGUAAACUUCAGCGUGAGCUGGAUGACGCCACAGAGGCUAACGAGGGCCUGAGCCGGGAGGUCAGCACCCUGAAAAACAGGCUAAGGAGGGGGGGCCCCAUCACCUUCUCCUCGAGUCGAUCCGGGAGACGCCAGCUGCACAUUGAAGGGGCCUCUCUAGAGCUCUCGGACGACGACGUGGAGAGCAAAGGCAGCGAUGUGAACGAAGCGCAGCCGGCCCCUGCUGAGUAGAGUCCCGUCACACCAUAUGCAUGCAGAGACCUUUUACACAGUAGUCGGCAGAAGGAGGAGGACUUUCCUGACCACCGAACUGCCUUGUGGCCGUAAAUCUGCCUUACGAAACGUCGGCAUGCUACAAGGUUACUUAUCAUAGGUCAACUAUGUCUUAAGGCUCUCCAGCCUCACCAUACUGUACCCUGCUUCAGAUAUAGGUACAACUGCUUUUUUAUAUAUAGUAAACAAAAUGGGAUCGUCUCUGUUCAGUGCAUCUAUUUUCCAGAUACUCAUUGUAAAGCCAUUUUAUAAAGCAUCAUGUGAAGGAUGAAACUUUUUUUUAUCAAUACAGAAACUUCAUUCCCAGAGGGUAGGUGGUUGGGACAGACCCGUUGUCAUGACUAUGCAUGCUUUGUUGUACAGACAACAUCCUUCCAUUUCUUCUGUGCUCAGACGGCCCUCGGCUGUAUUGAGUCUGUUGGAUCAGUGAAGACCAAACUGCACCUGUAUCUUUCUUUUCUCCUAAUUGUUGUGAUCAGCACACAAUCAGCGAGUGAACUGUGAAAAGGCCUUGGGAAGUGUUAGAGGGAAAUGUAGGGAUGACUGAGUAGUGUCCAUUUUUUAACCUGCAAUAUCAUUUUGAAGUGUUCUCAGCACCUGCUUCAUCAGUUAGUGUUCCUGCAGUACAGGCAAACUGAAAUAGCAUCACCGUUCCUCAUCUGUACAGUACUUCUGCGUUUGUAGAGACCUGCUAUUACUAUGCCCAACAGAUCUGUAUAUAUAUUAAGGCUAGUAUAAUGUGAACACCAGUGGAAAAUAAACAUGCAACACAGGCAAAAUUAAUUUAUUAAUUUAUGGCUGAGUGAGUUGGUCUUCAGGACAUGGAGCCGAGCGGCUGCACCCUGAGCCGAGGCUGACGUGACACCUUAGCAGCCAGCCUGGUGUUGCUGCGGGAGCUGCCGGGAGCAGCAGGGCCGCCCGUACUGUGCAGCGUGGGGCUCGUGUGGAGCCUGUGGUUACAGGGGGUCAGCGGUGGAUGUUGCCUGCCUACGUGUUAACAUGCCAGUGGAUGUGAAUCCUUUUUUUUGUUGUUUUUUUUAUUUUGAACAGUAUUACAGCGAGUAGUUAGUGUUCUUUUUGUUUAAAUAGCUGAAAAACUGACAUUACAGAAAGUGCCUUAGACACUACAGUACUAAGACAAUGUUACAUAUAUAAUUUGCCUAUAUAACAAUGAUUUAAUGUAUUAAUUUUGACUGUGCUUCAUAUCAUGUACCUCUCUAGUCCAAGUGGUAUUAUUGAUAUUAGUGACAAUGAAUCAGUGUUAACUAGGAAACUUCCUCUGCCACAUGCUCAAAAAACAUGGAUUUCCUUUUUUGGUUAAAAGCUUUAACAUCUGUCGCAAAGGUUUUGUUGUGUGUGUUUGGAUAUUUUUAAUCAAACUGGCUGUUGACCACCAGGCAUCUGACUGCAAAUAUCUUGUUUUCUUGUAUACCCAUAUUUCUAGACAAUGAUUUUUGUAAGACAAUAAAUUUAUUCAUUAUAGAUGCGGCCGCCUGCUUUGUUUACUUACAGGAAGAGCUAUCUCCUGAGGCUGGCAUAGACCUUAAUAAAUGAGAAUAUGACUGGAA